AUGAAUAAUAGUAUCAUUGCAAUCGAUAUCCUCCCAGAAAAUGAUGGGAAAGUAUUAAUGUACGGGGCACCCAACAAAGAUGCCAGCUAUCGAAUCUCCGGAAAACUACGAAUAGUUCUUUCGAAGCCACUUAAAGUAAAACAGGUGGUUAUCAAAUUAAAAGGAAAAUCCGAAUAUUCCGAUUGGGAAAAUCAAUAUUCGGCAAUUAACCUCCUGAGACUCGAAUCAAUCCUGAUCGAGAAACAGUUAAUCUCACACGGGGUAACCGAUCUCGACUAUGCGUUCGAUAUUCCAGGUAACAUACCACAGACCUACGUUACUUCUUUUGGACUGAUCAAGUAUAGAUUGGCCGCGACCGUGCAACCAAGUUCGUUGCUCACGAAAGCUGGGCACGUGGAACGAAGCAUAAAUCUCGGCCGACAUUACUUACCGUGUCCUCGUGAUUUAUUGCCAGCGCCACCUGCAAAAGUUUAUCGUGGUCAACGGAAGAACGUUCUUAAAUACGAAUUGGACAUACCGACCGUGAUUGGCGUGAAUGAAAAAGGAAUGUUGGUUAGAGUUCGAUUAUUGCCACUAUCGGAUCGAGGUCAAGUCCACAAAAUUGCUUUUGACUUGCUACAAUCAGAAAAAUAUAGAGCUCAACCAACUCAAAAAGAUUUACAAGAAUUUAGCAUUAAUGGGGCUCAAUUGGUUGGAAAUGUGCAAUUAAGUCAUGCAUCAAACACCAAACGAAAGAGAAAUCAUCUUAUUAAACCCACUUCUUUAAAUAUCUCGAACGAAGACGAGAGUCAAACGAGACUUGAUCUACAAUUUCCGCUAACCUUUACAACUAUUCCAGACGAACCAGUCGAUGAUAAUCAAUUGGAUAGUGGUUUACCAUCAUAUGAUGAUGUAAUUGGAGGAAAUAAUGUAGAACUUGAAGCGGAUGAGAACGAAAAUGAUUAUUCACGUCCGAUUACCCCAAGUGAAUCUGGACGCGACGCUUUGGAAACUAUCAAUGAUAUCGAGUUAGAUCAUCAUCAACAUUUACCAACAUCAUCUGUUAUUCAAGUGAAUGAACAUAAUAUUCCUUCUCUUCGUCAAAAAAGAACUCUUGGAAGCUUAUCACUUCGUCCUGAUCCACCAGUACCAAUUUCACCAAGCGACUCAACUUCAUCUUCCCGACAGUCAAGUUAUGACAAUUCAUCAUCAGCAUGUGAUAAAAGUGUUCCGUCUCAGUUGAACCUUGUCCCAACGACAACGCACAAUCUUCGACCAUCAAGUUCAUUAAAUAAUCUUGCUGCCAUCGCAGCUUCUUCGUCUUCGUCUUCCAUCGCACGUGGAAGCCACUUGUUCACUCGAGCAGGUCGUUCCAGUUGGUAUUUGAAUAUGCCUGAUGAAGAUGAUGGUCCAACUAUCGACCCAGAGAUUCAUUCGGCUCCAUCAAGUCCACAUAAUACACAUUUCAUUAUUCCACCAACUCCAACCGCAUCUACUAGUGCUUCACCUCCCGUCAAAAUAAGUUAUACCACUUCUUUUUUCGGUGCUACAUCAGAUGAGUCACCGGCACUAUCACCAACUUCCACCUCGUCGAUUAAAAGUCCGACAAGCGGAGGUGGAUUUAGUGGAAUGUUAAGAAGAGCUAGUUUAACAUUGAAACCAGUUUUACGAAAGAAACAACAAAGAAUGUCGGCGAACGUUCAAUUAAGUGGUGGUGUAACUGAUGACGAUGAUUUUGAAGAAAUCGAAACAAUGUGA